CUCGACUCUCCCAUACAAUCCCCCCAAUCCAAUCCAAUUCAAGAAAUGCUCGCCAUCUCCUAAAGCAACGCAACCACCUCACCAUAAAUCCCACCACACAGACUCCCCAAAAUGCCACCCCCGGUAACAAUCAUCCACCCAGACCUGGGCAUCGGCGGCGCCGAACGCCUCAUCAUAGACGUCGCCCUCGCCCUCCAAUCCCGCGGCCACAAAGUAACAAUCUACACCUCCCACCGCGAAAAAUCGCAUUGUUUCGAAGAAGCCCGCGACGGAACCCUCAACGUCCAAGUUCGCGGCAACACAAUCUUCCCGCCACAUAUAUUCCGCCGGUUCCAUGUCCUUAUGGCUAUUUUGCGGCAGUUGCAUUUGACUAUCUCUGUACUUAGGGAGAGUUCGAGUGAGAAUUCUGACACAGAAAAUGGGGGAGAGAGUGAAGUUUUCAUCGUCGAUCAAGUCCCGGCCUGCGUCCCGUUUUUGAAAUCCCUGGGGCGCAAUAAGCGGAGACGGAGGGUGUUGUUUUAUUGUCAUUUUCCGGAUCAGUUGCUUGCGAGGGUUGAGGGGAGCCCGUUGUUGAAGUUCAUCAAGGGGGUUUAUAGAGGGCCUUUUGAUUGGUUUGAGGGGUGGGCUAUGGGGGCUUCGGAUGCUGUUGUUGCGAACUCGAGGUUUACGAGGGGGGUUAUUAGGGGGGUUUUUGGGGAGGGGUUGUUGGGGGAUGUUAGGGUUGUUUAUCCGUGUGUUGAUACCGACACUGGUUCUGGGGAGGGGGGAGUGAUUGAGAAGGGGAAGGAGGGGUUGUUGUGGGGUGGGAAGAAGAUUUUGUUGAGUAUUAACCGGUUUGAGAGGAAGAAGGAUAUGGGGCUUGCUAUUCGGGCGUUUCAUGGGCUGGGCGUGGAGGGGAGGAAGGGGGUUCGGUUGGUUGUUGCUGGUGGGUAUGAUAGCCGCGUGCAGGAGAAUGUGCUGUAUCAUCGGGAGCUGGAUGAUCUGGCGACGAGCCUGGGGUUACGGACUGCGACGUCGAAGACGGUUAUCUCAGCACUUUCGGUCCCCGAUUCGAUCGAUGUGUUGUUUUUGUUGUCGGUGCCGUCGGCGUUCCGGGAUACUCUGCUCGAACAGUCGAAGUUGCUGCUUUAUACGCCUGUCAAUGAGCAUUUCGGGAUCGUUCCUGUGGAGGCUAUGCGCGCUGGGAUCCCCGUGUUGGCGUCCAACACCGGUGGUCCGUUGGAGACGAUCGUCGAGGGCGAAACGGGCUGGCUCCGUGAUGCCCAGAACGAUGCCGAGUGGACAGCGGUCAUGGAGAAGGUACUCUAUGGGAUGGACCAGAAGGAGCUCGAUAGGAUGUCCGUCGCGGCGAAAAAGAGGGUCGAGCGCGAAUUCUCCCUAACCGCCAUGGGCGACAGACUCCAGGAGGAGAUCUCGGAAAUGGUCGCGCGUGAGCAACGCCCAUUCGCCGGGUUCCAGCAGCUCUUUAUCCUUCUCGCGCUGAUGGGAUUCGCCCUCGCGGCAACUGCGACUUUGGUCGUGAAAAUGCUCUGAGUGUUGUUUGAUAAUACCCUACCUAACGAUUGACUUCUGUACAAUAGACACCCGAACCAAUACCAAUCAAUACAACAUUGAUAACCAUGUACAUAUAUUCUAUCACCACGUGA